AUGUCGACACCACCAUCACUUGAAAGUUUGAACGCAGCAAUCAGUGUCCUAGCACAACAAGUGACACAACUAAAUAACCAAGUUAACCCAACGCCGGAAGCUAAUUUCGCGCCAUUCGAAAUUAGAAACCCCACGACGGGGCACAUUGCUCAGGUGUCGCACGAGGAUCCGUUGGCUCUUCUAAAAACUAUAAACGACUACGAUGGAAACCCGAAUCUCCUUAACCAUUGGCUGAAUAAAGCGAGGAGGAUCAACCAAAUUUUUUUUGCAACGGAUUCGGAUACUCAACAAAAACAGGGUCAUUAUUACACAUUUCUGCUUGGACUAGAAUCCAAAAUUAUUGGACCUGCACAGGAAGUGCUUGCAAAAAAUAAUUACGAAGCAAAUUUCUCACUAAUGGAGAAGUUACUUAUUGAGGCGUUCGGUGAAAAAAAGAAAAUUGAGCAUUUAUUAUAUGAGAUUAUUACAGCGGAGCAACAUGAAAAAAGUAAUCACGAAUUUUAUGAAUACAUUACGACUCGACUAAACCAACUUAUAUCUUCUACAAUUCUGAAAUACGGCAAUCAAAAUGCAAAGCCAUUAAUUGAACAAUACAAAAUGCAAGCUGUAUCGGCAUAUCUUCGUGGAUUAAAUGGCAUAAAUGGAUUAAUUAUUACUGGAUAUGACCCAAAGACACUUGAAGAAGCAUAUCAUCAUGUAAUUACAAUGGAAGCUAACACAAGAUUGAAGAACGAAAUUACGAACGUUCCACAAGUACCAGCAAGAAAUUAUCAAAGAAGAUCAUCCAACCAACCGAAUAACAAUUUUCAACAACAAAGACAAGAUCAAAGAUUUCAGUAUCAACAACAAGGUACUUUAUACCAACAACGACAACACCAACGAGAUUUCCAACCGUUUCAAAGACAACAACACAGUUUUGAGCUACGAGAAUUUCAACCAUUUCAAAGACAACAACGAAGUUUUGAGCAACGAGAAUUUCAACCAUUUCAAAGACAACGAGGUUUUGAACAACGAGAAUUUCAACCACAUCAACUGCGAGAUUUACAACAAUUACAACAACAACGAGAAGUCCAACCAUUCCAACAACAGCAACAUGAGAACCAACAGUUCCAGCAACAACUUCAGCGUGAUCGAGAGCUAAGAAAUAAUCCGAGAGGGGAGCCGAUGGAAAUCGAUCGUUCAACACGAUCACGACAUGUGAAUUAUGAAAACAGAAACCAGCUAAUAAAUAAUAUAGAAGAAUGCGAGGAACACGGAAAUGAGGCAAGUUCAUGUCAACUAUUUACCCUAAAUAAAAAAGGCCUUCCAUAUUUGGAAAUUCAAGGAAAAAUAAAAGCAAGAAAAUUUCUAUUGAUACAGGAUCAAAAUAUAAUUUUAUCAAACCAGGAAUUGUUGAUAAAACAUUUCUACUACGAAAUAGAUUUCAUGUUGAAUCCAUAAAUGGUGUAAAUGUUAUAAAUGAAUUUGCAAAUUUAAAUAUUAUACCUUCUGU